UCCUUCUUCCCUCUUAUCCUGAGUCACCUUUUAGAACUUAGGCAUUGAGCACCAUGGGGACUCCAAAUGAUCAGGCUGUGUUGCAGGCCAUCUUCAACCCUGAUACCCCAUUUGGAGAUGUUUUUGGGUUUGACCUGGGAGAGGAAGCAGACAAGGAAGAAGCAGAUGAAGAUGGAGUUUUCCCUGGAGCACAGCUGGAGCAAUCGAAGGCCCUAGAGCUUCAGGGAGUGAUAGCAGCAGAGGCUGGGGACCUCAGCACAGCCCUGGAAAGGUUUGGCCAAGCCAUCUGCCUGCUGCCUGAGAGAGCCUCAGCCUACAACAAUCGUGCCCAGGCCCGGAGGCUCCAGGGAGAUACGGCAGGUGCCCAGGCGGACCUGGACCGCGUCCUGGCGCUGAGUGGCGGCCGGGGUCGCGCCGCCCGCCAAGGCUUCGUGCAGCGAGGGCUCCUGGCGCGGCUGCAGGGCCGAGACGACGACGCCCGUAGGGACUUCGAGCAGGCGGCACGGCUGGGCAGUCCCUUCGCGCGGCGCCAGCUUGUGCUGCUCAACCCGUACGCCGCGCUGUGCAACCGCAUGCUGGCCGACAUGAUGGGGCAGCUGCGCAGUCCCCGCAACGGGCGCUGAACUCGUCAGUCCGGGGACGGGAGGGGGCCUGAAUCAAUAAAGCUGCGGAGCCUCACCCACUGCACCUGCUUCUGCUUCUGCGUCCUACCCACGCACCCACGUAAGGGGAGCCGGCACUGAGAUGGACCCCUCACUGGCCCUGAGCGCGUGCCGAGCAUUGAAAGGACGGCCGCCCACCUGC